ACGCAAACGACGCACUCAAGAGUUUAUCCGAGAAAUUUGGAUGUUUGCGUGUUUUAUUAUUAUUCAAAUAUUCCAAAUACGUAUUUAAAUUGUAUUUUCAAUACGUUUUGAGGUUAUUUGUUUGUGUUUAGGUUUAAGGUUGAUAGGAAUGUUUUGUCAGUAAGUAUAUUUUGAUCAACACUUCGACUCCAGGAUGUUUAAAAACACAUUUCAAAGUGGAUUUCUAUCCAUUCUCUAUAGUAUUGGUAGUAAGCCCUUGCAUAUAUGGAAUACAAAGGUGCGAAAUGGGCAUAUCAAGAGAAUUACAGAUAAUGACAUUCAGUCAUUGGUUCUUGAGAUUGAGGGAACUAAUGUAAGCACCACAUACAUCACCUGCCCAUCUGAUCCAAAGAAAACCCUUGGCAUCAAACUGCCCUUUCUUGUCAUGAUCAUCAAGAACUUGAAGAAAUACUUCACUUUCGAAGUUCAGGUCCUAGAUGAUAAAAAUGUGCGGCGUCGGUUUCGGGCCAGCAACUACCAAAGCACUACCCGGGUCAAACCCUUCAUCUGCACCAUGCCCAUGAGGUUGGACGACGGCUGGAACCAGAUCCAGUUUAACCUGUCGGACUUCACCCGCCGGGCCUACGGCACCAAUUACAUCGAGACCUUGAGGGUCCAGAUCCACGCAAACUGCCGUAUUCGGCGGGUGUACUUCUCUGACCGCCUCUACUCUGAGGACGAGCUGCCUGCAGAGUUCAAGCUCUACCUGCCGGUCCAAAACAAGACCAAGGCAUGAGGAGCCAACUCAGUCACACACAUACCAGAAAUAAAGCUACUUUCAAUUUUGUGGAAUUCCUCAAUGAACUUGUUUCCCGCUUUGCAGUGUGUUCUAUAAGAGCCAGAUGACAGUACAAGAUAAAAGGGAUUGGUUUGGGAUUGUAAGAGACAUUGCCGACUGGGGAUGAGAUUAAAUCAAGUUCCAUUCCAAAAAGCAGUUUAUAAACACUAAAUGACCUUAUCAAAGGUCUUCAGAGUCAGAGUCUGUUUUGCUGUCAGACCUCAAAGAGAGGGAAUUAAAGAUCAAAGCCUACU